AAACGCAUAAUGAUUAAUAUCUUCAUGUUUUUAAAGACAAAUUAAAACCCAAAUUCCAUAUCAUUACACAUUAUCCAACAAUAUUACAAAAAUCAGGACCAUUAAGGAAAUAUUGGUGUUUUAAAUAUGAAGCGAGGCACAAAAGCUUUAAAUUAUAUUCCCAUGCUAUAACUUCCAGGAAAAAUAUAUGCCUUACAUUAGCAAAAAAAUUUCAGCUUAAGUUUGCCAAUAGAAUUUUAAAUUUUAAAUAUGACACCGUUAAAUGCGUAGUUUGGAAGAAACACAACACGCAUAGUGGUUUGAUUUCAUUAAUAAGCAACAAAAUGGAGGUUCAGAAAGACCGACUGAGCUUUUGGUGCGAGGCAGAAUUCAAUAGCAUUGAAUAUAAAAGUGGCUAUUACGUGUCCAGAUUAACUAAUGAUUAUAAUAUAUACUUAAUUAUAAAUUUCGUUCAAAUCGAAGAAGAUAUUACUUUAUUCUGUCAAAAAUUAAAUGAAAUUCACUACCGACCCCACUACAUGGCGUUUGAAAUUGAUGCUUCUUAUCUGGGUGAAUAUUUUAUUUUAAAUUUUGAGGAAUUAAUUGGACCUCCAUCAACAGUAAUAAAAACUCCGAAAGGGAAAACUAUGAUGCACAUAAAAGAAUACUUUCUGCCAUAGAGAAGGUGAAGGAACUUGAGAAUAAAUGUGUCAAUAGAAUUGUGUAGGGUUCCAAAAUUUUAAAUUAUAAAAAAUUCUUUGUAUACUUUCAGUUCCGUUCACUGGGAAAGAUAGUCAUUAAUUAUACAAUGAAUGAAAGCUUAGAGGGCAAAAAAAGCCCUAAUCAAAACUAAACCUUCUUGUACAUAGAAAAUUUACCAACGUAUGGAAGGCCAACAGUAGAGGUUGUUGAAAACAUAUCUUUUAACAACUCAGAGAACAAUUCACUUGGACCUCUUCAAUGUUUCAGUCAACAAGAACAAAAUUGCAAUAUAACGUCCCUGAAACACAACGACUGUCAGGAUCUAACUUCUUCAAAUCAGCGAUUCGAAAAUUCUCAGGAUGCUUUGAAAAAACUGCUCAAGUCGUGGCAUUUAGAUCAUUUAACAGAAUUCUUCAUAUCUGAAAAAAUCACAAUCGACAUUUUGAAAGUAAUCAAACGGCACCACAUAAAUAUGCUAUUUAAAGAUCAAAAAAUUGGUGAUCUUGUGGUGUUCGAAGAAAGUUUAAUAGAAUGGCGUUCAGGAUUAUCCUUGUUUGUGGAGGAAGAGGGUAGUGAAUGUACCUCUUUAAAAAGAAAUCUGAGUUCUUUAUCACCCAUCACACCAUCUAGUUCAAGAGGACCUGUUUCACCAGAACCAAUAGAAGUGUCAAUACACUUAGCAGACAUAUUGAAUGAUUGCAAGAAAUCGAGUAUUGUAACACAAUACUAUGAGCGUCAUUCUAAAUUACUGGGAGAACACAGAUCUAUAUUGAUAAGCAUAAUAUGCUGUUAUUUUCAAGAAAAUAACCUUCAUAUGUCCCUAAAAACCAGUUAUAGACUAGAAAAUGAAAUUCUUAAUCGUUUUCCUGGAGAAAAACUGGAAUAUUAUCGUGUUGGAAGACGGGGGAAAAUAUAUGCGAAAGCUUGUAACGACAAAAGGAGUUAUCGGACUCUUCUCAAACGGACAUUACCUUUAGAUACGGAUGCGUCUGAUAGUACUGAUGUUGAACCACUAAACCCACGUAAUAAACAGUUCUCCCCAGAAACUGAUGCAGAGGAGUGUAUACGCAGCUUAAAGUAUGACAACUUAUCAGUUACGGAAUUUGACAGCUGUUGGCAAGCAUGCAGUCAAUAUAGGAUGCAAAACGUGCAGCAAGCUAGUUCACUGGAUGAUAUUUUUGCAAAAUGGCCUGAGUAUAAGACCCCAACUGGUUUUCGAUUGAUUGACAGGGAUUUUGCAACAAUUUAUGGGAGUCGUCCAGGUAUACUUGCUAGAUGGCCGGAACAAGCCAGUUCAUUAAUGAAUUUCCUCUUCAAGCAAACUCAAUCGAGAGAUAAGAAAAUGAGAACAAUGCUGGAAUCUAUAAAUCAAGAAGAUGUUAACAGUGAUGCAACAGCAGUCAAAUUGUUAUGGUGCCUCCACUUUUUUCUUUUUCCUACCCAAAAAUCUGUGAAAAAAGACAACUGUGGAAAGAAGAGUGUGGUCAAAUUCACAGUCUCAAGUUCACAGCAGGCAUUCCUAUUUAUGGGUAAAUCCAUUCAGGAGAUUGAAGACCACAUAUCUUUUUUGAAGAGUAAAGGUGAAAGCAUUCAGCCAUUUAUGCUUGGUAUAGGUGACAGUGACUUGGAAAAUAUAUUAAACUUUUAUGUAUAUGUAGAUGGAGUUAAGUUUCUUUUCAACUGCUUUUUAAGAGCAGUUGAUAUUUGUUUUAAGACCUAUCAUUUGUUUAACUUAGAAUAUCCUCCUGCUUGCACUCAAUUUUGGGCAUUCAUAGAAAAUCAUUUUUAUGAUAUGAAAAUUACAAAACAUAUAUCAUCUAAAAUGUUUGUACUUUCAGAACAAUUGAAGAGUCCUUCAUCUUAAAUUUUGUCCGUUGAUCGUUUCAAGAUUUUAAUAUGUUUUGACAAUAAUAUUUUUUUUGUGUAUAAAGUAUCUUUAUCUAUCAUUAAUAUUAAUUAAACAUUAGUCUUAAGCCAUUACUGUAAAUCCUA